AUGCCAGUCAGACUCAAAAAAUUAAAAGUCAAAACUGUGAUGGAUCAGGCCAAAGUGCAGGAGGGACAGGCCCUCAUGGCAGAAGGUGAUAAAGCAUUAAACAAGAAGACCUUUUUUGGGAGUAAAAAACCAGAUUACGAUUCCGCUGUUUUCGCAUAUGAGCAAGCCGCUACUUGCUUCAAAGUAGGCCGAGCACAUGAACUCGCUGUGGAUGCUUUUGUCAAGUCAGCAGAAUGUCAUAAAAACCUUGAUUCAAUGGCCCUAGCAGCCAAACAAUUAGAAUCAGCCGCCAUAAUCGCAGUCCAAAACCUCAAACAAUAUAAACUCGGUGCAGACUUGUACAAACAGACUAGUGAUUGUCUGCUGAUACAAAACAGUCCCGAUCGAGCUGCAGAAUGCUUGGAGAAGGCCGGGAAAGCAAUGGAGAAUACAGAUUCAGAGUCUGCUAUGGAGUACUAUUUACAGGCUUGUGACUUGUUUGAGGAGGAAGAUCGUGGGAGGUUUGGAACGGACACGUUUCGGAGGACUGUCGGGCUGCUUAUUAUUGCCAACAAGCUAGAUAAAGCCGUUGCGCUACACGAACGACUAGCGGACGUAUUCGCCAAAGCUGGAAACACUGCAUCCUUUGUCAAAACCGCAUUAGGUGUCAUCAUCAUUGCCUUGUACAAUGGCGAUGAAGUGGAUGCUAAAAACAGGAUGGCCAAGUUUAACAACAUGCAUGGUUGGAUUUCUUCGCAAGAAGGUGAAACUGCCGAUGAAAUGUUACGAGCAUACGAGAAUCGUGAUUCCGAGUUGCUGGCACAAGCCGUCAAGAGGCCGUGGAUUAAUAAUCUUGAAAAUGAGAUCACUCGUAUCGCCAGAUUAUUAGCUGUGCCAGGAGGUGGCAAAGUGAAUGGCAGCGGAGUCGCAGAAGAAGAGGAUACUGGAAUACUGUGA